AUGAAUGAAAUAAAAAGAAAUGGUGAGGAGAUUGAUGAUGUUAGGGUGAUAGAGAAAAUUUUGCAUUCUUUGACCCCAAAAUUUGAGCAUGUGGUGGUAGUCAUUGAAGAGACAAAAGAUUUGAACACUAUGACAAUUGAUCAUUUUAUUGGAAUGCUACAAGUUCAUAAGCAUAGAUUGAAUAAGAAUUCUUCUAGUUCUUUAGAACAAGCUCUUCAAUCCAAGCUCUUUAUGCAAGAUGUCAAGGAAGAAUGCCAUAUUACUAUUACUCAAAGAGGCCAAGGUGAAGCUAUGAGAAUCGAGGAAGAAAUUAUAGAGGUUGUGGAAGAGAUUAUGGAAACUAAGGAAGAAGAUUUAGUAAUCAAGGAAGCAAUUCCGGUUAUAGAGGAAGAGGUGGAAGGCAUGGUGGAAGAGUAUGGGCACUAUAGCAAUGAAUGUUGGGCAAAGCAAGGCAAUAAAGUUGGAGAGCAAACUAAUAUCAUUGAGAAAGAGAGUAUUGAUGGGGUGACGUCUACUUUGUUGUUGGCUCAUAAUGGGAAUGAGAAGAAUGAAAACAAUGCAUGGUAUCUUGAUACUGGCGCAAGCAACCACAUGACGGGAAAGAAGGAAUUGUUUGUUGAUUUGGAUGAAGUUAUGCAAGGCUAUGUUACUUUUGGUGACAACUUCAAAAUUCUGGCAUAA